AUGGCCACAGGGUUGACAAGGAAGGGCGCCCCUCCGCUGCUGCGGAUGGUUGGUGGGAAGCGGCAUGCAAGUGACAAGGACCAUGAGGAACCGGCGUACAAGGGAAGGCCGGACACCAAUGAAAAGGCCAAAAAGAGAAAAGAAGAAGAAGAAGAAGAAGAAGAAAAGGAGGAACAAUUGAUCAAUGCCGAACCUCUCUCGACCGACGACGAAUUGCAGCAACCCCCACCCCGACCGUCCCCAUCCUCGAGGCGUAAGAUAGCGGUUCCAAUAAAGAAAGUGGAUGCCGAGUUGAAGCAGCCGCAGAGAAAGUCCAGUAGGAAGGCGCCACCGAUACGGGCCCCCGCCAAAGGAUCGUAUCAGAGUGGAAAGGCCGACAAAGCAACGAAGGGCGUCGAGGAUGAUAAGGAGAAUGCAACAUCUACACAGUCUUCGGUUGAAGCAUCGGAAGACCAAGGGUGGGGUUUUGCUGAAGAAUUCAGGCUACCAUCGCCAAAGAAGCAGAAGACGCAAUAUGGAGCAAACGCAAGGGGAGCUUCUUCCCGCGCGAACAUACAUGCACCGCCCGCAAAGAAGUUCGGUACAGGGCCAUCGAAGAACGUGCCGAGAGCUAAAGGGAAAACAAGCUAUACGCGGAAGAACCGGACGCAACCGCAAGAGGAGGAUGAUGUAUCGGACGUAUCCAUGAUGAGCAAUGAUGAGCUAGAUAGAAUACUUAAGACAGGCCCUCAAGACAAAGAUGGAAAAUCUACGCUCGCCCCAUUGGACGAUGAGGAACUGAAGAACAUCUUGGACGAGCCAUCGAAGCCCACCCGAAUUCUCUAUCAGCUCGGCGACUGGGUGCAAGACCAGGCGCCGCCGUCCUCGCAACUCGAGUCAAGCGCUCCGCAGGAAGCCCUCGACAACAUCAAGGAAUACAUCGAGCAGCUUCCCCAGGACGAGGCAGAAGGUACACGAUGUUCAUUGUGUAAAGAACUAGUGGAAUUGGAAGACUACUGGGAGUUCUGGAAAGGCAGGGACAAGACUGUCAAGAACCACACGGCAUACUGUACUAGACAUAGGAGGAAGUCUGCACAGGAGGAAUACCGAGGAGAAGGAUACCCAGAGAUUGAAUGGGAUGCAUUGCCGCAGCGCAUAAAAGCCCACAGACAGGACCUAUACAAAGUGCUCAACAACAAGCGGCCAAGCAGAUACAGAGAGCGCUACGAGCCCCUCGCUUUAACCGGAAAAGCAGCGGCGGUGCCUUCCCGCCGCAAAGAUCUCCCCCAGGAGGUCCAAGACGAACUGGACUCGUACGCGCUUGACGACAAGGCCACCUACCCCGGCUAUUACGGCCCCCAUGGACGACGCAUCAUCACAGAGAAUGUAAUGAAGGUGCUCAAGAACGAGAUCAAAACCUGCAGAGACUCGGUCGUGCAGGCAUCUGGACCCGCGGCUUUUGUUCAAGCCGUGCUCGUCCCUGAAGUAGCCAUCCUGCUCAUCAUGGAAGAUUGCACCGUGGACCGUGAAGAGGCAGAGGAGAUUCGAGAGAAGACGUAUGACAUGGGCCUUUUACUCAACGAGGAGAUUGAGGAUAGCCUCGAGGUGCAGGAUGAUAGUGAAGACGACAAUGAGUAUCAUCAUGGGUGA